AUGAAGCAAAUAUUCUUACUCGUCUUCGUCCUUCUUUUACAGGUAACGCAAGCCGAAUGGAACUUUACGACAUCAUCUCCUCCAUCCCGACCGCUUGACGCCCAGGGGUUGCGUGAAUUUUGCGGAAAUGGUACCUUCCUGACCAUCAACUGGAACGGGGACCAUUAUUGUGUGAGAUGCUCGAGAUGCAACUGGAACACCUACAUGAUUGCCAGCUGCGAUUCACUACACGAUACCAUCUGCGGAACCUGUCGUGGCAUCUGGGAUCCGGAGAAUAGCAAAAUUCAGGCUGUUCGGGAGCAAUGCCCAUGGAGAACGACACCACGCUACGAGCCACCGACGACUCCGUCAUAUCCGGAUCGGCUCCCGAUCAGGUACCGCUGGACACCUAGUUACUACUACAACCAACUGACGACCCCGUCACCCUGGCGCAAUUACCAGGAUCGGUAUCUUUCCUACUAUAACUAUUACUACGGUCAACGCAAUUGGGAGGAUUGGGACUAUAGACAAAGGCUUGCGCGGAACUUCCGUAUCAUGCUCGGUGCCGGCGCUCUGAUUGCGGUCUUGGGUGCCAUUGGGCUUUACACAGCCGUCGCAAAAUGCGUGAAACACCGCCGCCAGAAGGCGGCGAUCAUCGGCGAUACCGUAAAGAUUCUGAACGAGCAGAUUGAAAAGGAGCAAACCGUCCCGGGCGUUCACGUUGUU